UCACAUCUUUCUGCAGCAGACUCUGGUUGAUGCUGCUGAUUGCACAUGUGCAGAAAAGUGUGUCUCAUUCAUCUUUUCAAAUCAUUCCAUCCAGACUGCAGCUCUUUGAAUAUCAGUCAGUCUCUUUUACCUGUGAAGGGUUAAAUGAUUCAGCUGGAUGGAAAGUGAGGAAUACCAGGGGAAUUGUUAAUAGAUGUUCCAAUGGCACUGUGAAGACCUGCAGCAUAGACUAUGCUUUUGCAUCAGACACUGGAGAAUACUGGUGUGAGAGUGGAGCAGAGAGAAGCAACACUGUCAACAUCAAUGUCUCAACUGGUUCUGUAAUCCUGGAGAGUUCUGUCUAUUCUGCAGUGGAGGGAGACGCCAUGAGUCUGCACUGUAAAAGCAAGACGGCUUCCUCCAAUUUGACAGCAGAGUUCUAUAAAGAUAACGUCCUCGUGGGCAGCAGCUAUGAUGGGAAGCUGAAGAUCCAAAAGGUUUCCAAGUCUCAUGAAGGUCUCUACAAAUGCAAAUUACACGGAGUUGGAGAAUCACCAGAGAGCUGGAUGGUUAUUCGACUGAAAUCCAGCACAGGGGGAGGUGUUCCUGUGACCCUGAAGAAUCCUGAUCCUCCUGUGACUGAAAGAUCUCACAGAGAAUUUCCUCUGUCACACCUUUACUACAUCCUGCUGUGGGCGGCUGUCGCUACUGUGUUGGCUCUGCAGCUUCUGGUGUUAGGACUUCUUUACUGGAAAAAGCAACUUGUGGUAUCAGUGAUAAAGAUGAAUGAAUCAAACAAGUACCAAGACGCUGUCCCAAAAAAGCCGAGGAAAAACAGAGGCACUGAAACUGCUGCUGAUAAUUUGAGCUUCUGUCUUGAAGCAGACAGCGCCACAAACCCACAGACAGGAAAAGAUAGAGAUGAACUCUCACCUCACAUGUUACACUCUACUUUCAUGGGCAAGAACACUCCACAGUUUCUUCAAAAUGAAUCAGGAGGAUGCGGCGUGCAAGCUGGUCUGUCAGAUCCACGUUUAACUUAUCAGAGACAUCAGCGUUCUACCAUCAAGUGGGAAAAUCACCGAAAGGAGACUCAGCUGAAUUGA